UAAACAAUAUUGAAGGAAACAAUAAUCAGGCAACAUUUUCCAAUAUAAAAGCCUAUGAUUGAAGUUCUUGUUUUGGUAAAAGGGAUGAAAUCCAGGGCCUUGUACAUACUAGAGAGGUACUCUACCACCAAGCCACAACCCCAGCCCGAGUUUAAAAAUAUGUUUUGAAUCUCCACACUUGAUAGAGCACAUACAUGAUGCCUGCUUUUGUCCUUUAUUAUAAAAAAAAAUUUAUUGUAAAAUUUAGGGAUAUUUUCAGUAGUUUUCUAUUUUCAAAAUACUUUUAUAUAGGUACAUAUACAUAUUUUUAUUCUCUACCUUACUCUCCCCAUUGAGGAUCAGCUGAUAUAUUUUGCAUACAAUACAAAAACUCACUAUAUUUUUACCAACAAUUGCUAAAACUCUAGUGACAACAAAUCAUAACUAAGUGCACCUGCUACCAGUACAGUUCUUUCUUUAGUAAUCACACUGUAAGGAAACGCCAGGGUUACUUAGGAACUAACACAGUUUUGAACAAGGACCUUAAGAGAUUUCUCCUUAAAAAACAGACUUCUCAAUCCUCGUUUUCGAUUUUUCCUAGUUUCUCAUCCAAUGCUCCUCUUCUAUUUCCAAGACUUUCUCAGUCACAAGAUUUUAAAUUAACAGCACUUCCUCCAGUUUUCACGAGCAAUGGUGCCCUGGGAGAACCAGAGUCCACCUUCUCCCCAUCAACCGCCGGGGCUGGUCCUCCCAGAAGUCGGCCUGUGACUCGACAUUCAUUCUCUAGUGACGCGGCCUUGAUCCAGUAACUCGCCCAGAAGCUGCGGCGUCUGCGCAUCGGCAAAGGGCGGUGGGGGAAGGGACGGGACGAGACAGGCGAAGGGGAGGACCGAGCCAGGCAACUGGUCGAAUGUAGGCGUUGAGGUGAGGAGGGGCGCGAACAGGAAGGAAGUCGAAAGUGGGGGAAUGGGAGGGGCGGGUGACAAGGGAGGGCCUUUCCGAGGUACCGACGAGCUUCACUUCCUGUCUCCGGUACUUCUGCUUCCGGGUUAGAGGUGUUUGCUCCUGCUGUUCCUCUCUCCGGCUUAGCCGGCACUCUCAGUGACAGCGUCUCCUGACUCAGCCCGGGCCGGGUUUCUUCUGUCCACCUUCAAGAGCCUGGACGCCCGCACCGCCCCGGGACGCGAAGUCGCUGCCCGGCUGCCGGCCGGCCCCGAGCUUUCGCCGAAGUCGGGGGGCUUUGCGGGCCCCUCCCUCCUGAUGCUGAGCGGGAUCACCGGCCCCGCGAGGCGGCCGAGUGCGGGCCUCCGGUGCCUUAGGCGGGGGGCGGGGACUGGCUGCCCUUCCGCGGCGCCGGAUCGCCGGCUCCCGUCGCGGCUUGGAUGGGCCCUUCUACUCAAUAAAUGUGGCUGCUGAGGCGGCGGUGGCGGUGGCCGGUCCCGCUGCUGCUCGGCUCCACGUUCCCCUCCGCCGCGGUGCUCUCCGGCCCCAGCCCGGGGCUGUUGCCGCCCGCCCCUUCUCCCCUGGGCCCGGCCCUGCAGCGUGGCGACGAUGGACAAGAUCCUGGAGGGCCUGGUGAGCUCUUCGCACCCGCUGCCCCUCAAGCGGAUGAUCGUGCGCAAGGUAGUGGAAUCGGCCGAGCACUGGCUGGAUGAGGCGCAGUGCGAGGCCAUGUUUGACCUGACGACCCGGCUCAUCCUGGAGGGCCAGGAUCCUUUCCAGCGGCAGGUGGGCCACCAGGUGCUCGAAGCGUACGCUCGGUACCACCGGCCCGAGUUCGAGACCUUUUUCAACAAGACCUUCGUGUUGGGCCUCCUUCAGCAGGGCUACCACUCGCUGGACAGGAAGGACGUAGCCAUCCUGGACUACAUUCACAACGGCCUGAAGCUGAUCAUGAGCUGCCCAUCGGUGCUCGACCUCUUCAGCCUGCUGCAGGUGGAGGUGCUGCGCAUGGUGUGCGAGCGGCCUGAGCCGCAGCUCUGCGCUCGGCUGAGCGACCUUCUGACUGACUUCGUGCAGUGCAUCCCCAAGGGAAAGCUGGCCGUGACCUUCUGUCAACAGCUGGUUCGAACGAUAGGCCACUUCCAGUGCGUGUCCACGCAGGAGCGAGAGCUACGGGAGUACGUCUCCCAGGUCACUAAAGUGAGUAACUUGCUCCAGAACAUCUGGAAGGCAGAGCCCUCCACGUUGCUGCCUUCCCUGCAGGAAGUGUUUGCAAGCAUCUCUUCCACAGAUGCAUCAUUUGAGCCUUCAGUAGCCUUGGCAAGCCUUGUUCAGCAUAUUCCUCUCCAGAUGAUCACUGUCCUCAUCAGGAGCCUUACCACAGACCCAAAUGUAAAAGAUGCAAGCAUGACCCAGGCUCUCUGCAGAAUGAUUGACUGGCUGUCUUGGCCAUUGGCUCAGCAUGUGGAUACAUGGGUGAUCGCUCUCCUGAAAGGACUCGCAGCUGUUCAGAAGUUUACUAUUUUGAUAGAUGUUACUUUGCUGAAAAUAGAACUGGUUUUUAACCGACUUUGGUUUCCUCUCGUGAGGCCUGGUGCUCUCGCAGUUCUUUCUCACAUGCUGCUCAGCUUCCAGCAUUCUCCAGAGGCUUUCCAUUUGAUUGUCCCCCAUGUAGUUAAUCUGGUUCACUCUUUGAAAAGUGAUGGCUUGCCUUCCAGUACAGCCUUCUUAGUGCAGUUAGCAGAGUUGAUACACUGUAUGAUGUAUCAUUAUUCUGGAUUUCCAGAUCUCUACGAACCUAUUCUGGAGGCAGUAAAGGAUUUUCCUAAGCCCAGUGAAGAGAAGAUUAAGUUGAUUCUCAAUCAAAGUGCCUGGACUUCUCAAUCCAAUGCUUUGGCAUCUUGCUUGUCUAGACUUUCUGGAAAAUCUGAAACUGGGAAAACUGGUCUUAUCAACCUAGGAAAUACGUGUUAUAUGAAUAGUGUUAUACAAGCAUUGUUUAUGGCUACAGAUUUCAGAAGACAAGUAUUAUCUUUAAAUCUAAAUGGGCGCAAUUCAUUAAUGAAAAAAUUACAGCAUCUUUUUGCCUUCUUGGCUCAUACACAGAGGGAAGCAUAUGCACCUCGGAUAUUCUUUGAGGCUUCCAGGCCGCCAUGGUUUACUCCCAGGUCACAGCAAGACUGUUCUGAAUACCUCAGGUUUCUACUAGACAGACUCCAUGAAGAAGAAAAGAUCUUGAGAGCUCAGUCCUCACACAAACCUUCUGAGGGUCUGGGGUGCAGUGAAACUUUGCAAAAAGUAGCCAAUAAGGUCGCUAUACCAGCAGAGACCCCUUGCACAAGUGAUGGUGAGAAGACUUUAAUAGAAAAAAUGUUUGGAGGAAAACUACAGACUCAUAUAUGUUGCUUGAACUGUAGGAGUACCUCACAAAAAGUGGAAGCUUUCACGGAUCUUUCACUGGCCUUUUGUCCUACCCCUUCUAUGGAAAACUUGUCUUUCCAAGAUCCAGCAUCAUUACCCAAUGUGCAAGAUGAUGGCCUAAUGCAAACUGGUGUCCCUGGUCCAGAAGAACCAGUAGUUUAUAAUCCAGCAACAGCUGCCUUUGUCUAUGACUCAAUUGUGAAUGAAAAAAUAAUAGGCAGUCUUCCUGAUGAGUUUCAUUGUAUGGAAAACACUUCUGUCCCUAGUGAAUCUGCGAAGAUUCUCCUCAGUAAAGAUGUACCUCAGAAACCAGGAGGUGAAACCACACCUUCAGUAACUGACUUACUAAAUUAUUUUUUGGCUCCAGAAAUUCUUACUGGUGAUAACCAGUAUUAUUGUGAAAAAUGUGCCUCUCUGCAGAAUGCUGAGAAAACUAUGCAAAUCACGGAGGAACCUGAAUACCUUAUUCUUACGCUCCUGAGAUUCUCAUAUGAUCAGAAGUAUCAUGUGAGAAGAAAAAUUUUAGACAAUGUGUCACUGCCACUGGUGUUGGAGUUACCAGUUAAAAGAACUACUUCCUUCUCAUCGUUGGCAGAAAGUUGGUCUAUAGAUGUUGACUUCUCUGAUAUUAAUGAGAACCUAGCUAAAAAAUUAAAGCCUUCUGGGACUGAAGAAGCUUUCUGUUCCAAAUUGGUGCCCUACCUAUUAAGUUCUGUUGUUGUUCACUCUGGUAUAUCCUCUGAAAGUGGGCAUUACUAUUCUUAUGCCAGAAAUAUAACAGGUACAGAGUCUUCAUACCAGAUGUGCCAUUUACUAGAGGGAGAGAGUCCCAUUUCAGUUACUGAACAGGAUUUGGAAAAUAAGGAAAUGUCAAAAGAAUGGUUUCUAUUUAAUGACAGCAGAGUGACAUUUACUUCAUUUCAGUCAGUCCAGAAAAUUACAAGUAGAUUUCCAAAAGACACAGCAUAUGUGCUUUUGUAUAAAAAACAAAACAGCACUAAUGAGCCAAGUAGUAAUAAUCCAGCUAAUGGACUCUGGGUCAGUGGAGACCCACCUCUACAGAAAGAACUUAUGGACGCGAUAACAAAAGACAAUAAACUGUAUUUACAGGAACAAGAGUUGAACGCUCGAGCACGAGCCCUACAAGCUGCUUCUGCCUCCUGUUCAUUUCGGCCCAAUGGAUUUGACGACAAUGAUCCACCAGGAAGCUGUGGACCAACUGGUGGAGGGGGUGGAGGAGGAUUUAAUACAGUUGGCAGACUCGUAUUUUGAUCCUGAGAGAAUAGAAAAUGCACUUGGUCACAAAACAUUCAAUGUUAUGACUGUUAAAAUGUCAAACUGUAACAAAUCCUAUAUCUAUCUACUAUUUUUCCUUUUCAUUAGACCCUUAUACUUUAAGAAAACACACUCAGUGAUUGUUUUUAUUUUCUUGACAAUACAAAAUGCAUCAUGGAAAGAAUAUCUACCUCUUAAAAUUCCAUUUGCAUUUAUGGUUAGACAUGCUUGACCAGAAGUGUUCAGAAGAAAAAAGUGUACCUGGUCCCUAAUUAAGCUGCAUUAAAUUUGGUAGAAGCAUAAAUGGCCUAUCUUCAGUUUUACUGAGUGAAAAUUAUAAUUCAUUUAGCAUUCUUUAUGAAAGAAUUGAGUCUAGAAACUGAUACAUGUAUUGGUUUUUUUAAAAAGAAACUCUUUGUUUCUGGUCCAGUUGGCACAUUACUAAAUUCAAGUCUUUGAAAAUAGUGGAGAUGGUCAGUGUCUGUAGAGGCGGUAGCACCGCGCAGCAGGCUGUCACUUCAGGUUGGUGUUGGUCUGUUCUCAGCGUCACUGUAUUCUCAUGUCAAGUGCAAGUGGUUUUAAAACCAUCCAUAUGUGGUGAAUUGAUUUUAAGAAAGGUGCAUGAUCCUGUAGGAGCAAUGUUUUUAACCUAAAAAUUGUUAACUUUGUGGUAUUUCUAAUUAUCCAAGGGUUUUAAACUUCUAUUUCAGGGAGUAUAUCUUCUGUGUGUUUUGAAGGAGGCGAGUUCUGUAUGUGCCUUGCAGUAAUGUAAUGCAAAAAUAGGUUUCUCUGACUGCAGAAAAGUUUUCUAAAAAUAAAAUGUUAGGGAAGUAAUUUUUGUGCUAACAUUAAAAUUAUAACUUUUUGAAAGGUAUUAGAUUUUUCAAAAGUAAAAUUUGAUGGUUCUAAAUCAGUAAGUGUAAUGGUAAAUUUUUAACUCUUAGAAAAAUUUAGAGGAAAUUAAGCUAGUUGAGUUUUAAAAAAAAAAUCAUUUGUUACUUUAUCCUCAAAACAUUAAACAUUGAUUAACAUUUU